GUGACUCAGACGUCACCGCUGGCAGUCAUAUGACUGUUUGGUAAUGGAGGCGAGGUUUCCGCAGUUGAUAUCUGUCAACGUUACCGCUUUUACAAAUCCUGUCAAAUAAAAUCGACAAGAAACAACACAGAGGGAACACUGCUGUCUGCAUGCAGUUUCACUGAUCGUGUCAAUGGAUUUUAUUCGACAGUUUUGGACGAUAAUUUGCGUUGCCUUGUUUCCUUGCGCAUGUGCGAACUACACUCAGUUCCUGCAGAUUGACCCGCUUAUAUAUGAGGAGCAGUUGCUGUGGGUCGCUGGUGGAGCUGGUCAGGUGAACACCUAUCGAAUCCCACUGCUAACCUUCACAUCACGUGGAAGUCUGCUGGCAUUCGCUGAAGCCAGAAAACAGUCAUCCAGUGACAUCGGGGCAAAAUUCAUUGCAAUAAGACGCUCUACAGACAGAGGAGCCACCUGGUCUCCCACCUCAUUUAUAGUGGACGAUGGCUUUUUAGCAGACGGGCUGAACCUGGGUUCGGUUGUUGUGGAUGAGGAUACGGGUGCCGUGAUCCUCAUCUACUCUCUGUGCUUUCACCAUCACCAGUGCAGCCCAUCGAGCACCAUGCUGGUCGAGAGCCUGGAUGAUGGUUUCACCUGGAGCCCUCCGCGAAACCUCUCUGUGGAGCUGGGGGUGAAGAGUUUUGCUCCUGGGCCUGGCUUUGGAAUACAGAAACGGUACCCACCCAAAGUGGGACGCUUGGUGGUGUGUGGGCACGGAUCUAUUGCUGGUGAUGGGGUCUUCUGCAUCUUAAGUGAUGAUCAUGGUAAAUCCUGGAGAUAUGGAGCUGCUUUGAAGAGCAUCCCUUACAACCAACCUAAACAGAAUCUGGACUUCAACCCAGAUGAGUGUCAGCCAGUCGAACUGGAGGACGGAAGCAUAGUCAUCAAUGUACGCAACCAGAACAACUAUCACUGCCGCUGUCGAAUAAUAGUGCGGAGUCUGGACGGAGGCGAGACUCUGCCUGUAGAGGAGCUAGUUUUCGACAAAACGCUGGUGGAUCCUGCGGUCGCAGCUGGUGCCCUGCAGAAACAAGGAGUGGUGUUCUUCACCAACCCAGCCAAUGCUCAAGACCGAAUCAAUCUGACUCUUCGCUGGUCUUUCACUGAUGGGAAGUCAUGGGAGAAAGAGGUGGUCCAGAUAUGGGCGGGGCCCAGCGGUUAUUCCUCUAUGACAUCACUCAAAGGGGAUUCUCCUGAGGACAACAAAUACAUCUUCGUCAUUUACGAAAAAGGCCAUAAAGACAUCAUAGAGACCAUUUCUUUUGUCAAAAUCCAUCUAUAUGGGGGAAAGUAGCAUAUGGGUGAAGGAGGGAGUAAAAAGGGAAAUUUGGGGUUUUAGUCUCAUCCAUAAAUUUUUUUAAGUUUUUACAGUAAAUUUGGAAUUGAGACAGUACUAUGCAAUGAUUGGUUGAUAUUGAUUUAAAUGAAUCGUGUUCCAGAAUGAAUCAAGACAUCCUGGUUGAAUGUGACACCAAUAUAAAAACAAUCAUGAGUGUACUUUCUCCCAUGCCCAAUAUUUGCUAGAAUAUAAGUAUUUCUUGAUGAAAGAAGUGUUAUUUUAUGCAGUCACACAA